ACAAUCUCACAUCGAGGAAAGAAAAUUUAUGUGGUUGUGAGCAACCUCCCCCGCUCCCCCUUGUUUCUCGUGUGCGUGAGAAGAGUGCGCAAGAUAGAGAGCAUAUUAAGAGGCCGGUCUUUGGCUGGACCGAUUCGAUCGUUUUCUUCUCCCUUCGCUUUCCCCCUUCUUUGUUUUUUUAACGCAUCGAAAUCCGAUGAGCGGGCGAGAGAGAACAAGAGCCGAGAACGAGGGUAACGAGUAGUCUUUGGCUUCUUUGGCGUUGCCUUCGAUUCCUCCACCGUUUCUUUCUCUGCCUUUAUUCCCCCCUUCCUUGCUCUCAGGAAUCCACCUCUUUGCUUCUUUCCCCACCUCUCGCUCUCUAUCUCUUUCUCUCACUAUAUCCGGUUUUCUUCUCGGGGAUUCGCAAUGGCGGUUCAAGCGCAAUACCCAUCCAACGUUCUACUUCUCAACGCAAGAGGCGAGCAAGAGAGGAAGGAAAUGGAUUACCCCCAGUCCACGCCUGGGUUCCUUGAUCAAUCCGGGGUGUACUUCUCCAAUGGAGUGAAUGGGAAUCCUAGGAAGAGGGGAAGAGAGGACCCGGCGGUUCCAAUGGCGGCCUCGGCGCAGCAGAACCACCCGAUUAGCCUUUUCUCGCUGCAAUCUCAGCCCUGUUCGACGCCUCUUCCGCCCCCGAUGCUUAUAAGCUUCGCCCAACUCCAGAGUCAGCCUCCUCCCAUCGUCUCCACCGGCCUCCGUUUGGCCUUCGAUGACCAACAGCAGCAGCACCAGAACCAGAACCAAUCCAAUCUCUUCCUCUCCUCUUCUUCUUCCUCCUCUUCCCCCUUCUCCACCAUCCUCUCCGAAGAACUCGCCACCCAAAUCAACCAACAGAAGGAGGAAAUGGAGCAGUUCCUCCACGCCCAGGGAGAGCAACUGCGGCGGGCCUUGGCGGAGAGGCGGCAGAGACACUACCGGGCGCUGCUGGGCGCGGCGGAGAAGUCGGCCACGAGAAGGUUACGAGAGAAGGAGGCGGAGGUGGAGCGGGCGGCGCGGCGGAGCGCCGAGCUCGAGGACCGCCUCGCCCGCCUGAGGGCCGAGUCGAUGGCGUGGCAGGCCAAGGCCAUGGCCGAGCAAGCCACGGCCGCCUCCCUCCACGCCCAACUGCAGCAGGCGGCCGCCGCCGCCGCCGCGGCGCUGCCCCAGGGAAAGGCGGACGAGUGUGGUGGCGAGUCGCCGGCGGAGGACGCCGAGUCGGCCCACGUCGACCCGGACCGGGUCGAGCCCGAGCGGGCGUGCCGCGCGUGCCUGUGCCGGCCGGUCUCGGUGGUUCUCUUCCCCUGCCGCCACCUCUGCCUCUGCUCCGCCUGCGACGCCGCCGCGGGCGAUGCCUGCCCCGUGUGCCGCUGUCUCCGAACCGGAAGCGUCCAAGUCUUCCUCUCUUGAAACCACGAGUCCCGUUACCCCUACCCCAUCGCUGGCCGUCCAAAACACAACAAAAAGAAAAACGAAAAAUAAAGAAAUUUAGAAGAGGGGGGAAAAAAAAACGAAGUGAAAGAACUCAUCGUUUUCUUUUUACUGUUUUGAGAUGAGCACCUCUCUCUCUCAGUCUCUCUCUGUUUUAUUUUUGUUUUUUUUUUUUUUUGGUUUUUGGAAAGAUUCAAUUUAUAUAUUAAUUCUUUUAUUGGGUGUAAAUUUGAUGAAUGCCAGCAUACUGCUGUGAGGCUCUCUCCUGCAUUCUUUAUAUUUGACGUGGUUGUAGUAGCAGCAUCAAGCGGGCAUGGGCGGUGACCGCAUCCACGCCUUCGACCGAGCCGACGGUUAAGACACCAGGCAUCGCCGGCGACCCGUGCGGUCGGUUGCCCGCGAGCGGAGCGGAACGGAGAUGGGGACACGGGUGAGCGGAUCCCGUACACGUGUCCGGUGGGCCUUUUCGCUGGGCGGUGGUACCCGGGAACGUCGUGCGGUUGGCGGGAGAGAGAGGAGGAGGGGGGAGAGUAUGGGCUGUCUGAUCGCGAUCGGAGCCGUGGACGGGGAGGGAUGGAUGUCGGUCUUUUGUCCGGCAGAGCACCGUAUCCGGGGGAAGUCUUGUCUGGACUUAAUUUCCGUGUCGCUCGAGGACUUAAUAAUGGGCCGGGCGGGCCGUAGACGUAGUACUAGGCCCUAGCCCGUAGGGAGUCACAUCUGGGUGGGCUUGGACUGAUUGACGAUGGACCCUUUCAAUUGGACGGUGAAUAUUGAAUCAGUCCAAAUAGUUCAGUUGAUAGGGACGGUCCAGGUUGAUCGUAUACUGAAUGAGAUUGUCGGCAGACAGAUUCAUGCACUGCGACGCAUACAGGGAGUAAACGGCUACGUGCGUGCGAAUUAUAGGUUUGCUGGACUUUAGAUGGCGGAAAUGGCGGUGGCGUUCGUGGCUGUGCGAUGGUAGUGGCGUUGAUGGUGGCGGGGUGGUCAUGCCAUGUAAUAGUAACUGAAAGAUGAUGAUGGCUAUGGCCAUGAAGUUAAUAAUGGCGAUGAUGGCUAUGGCCAUGAAGUUAAUAGUGGCGGUGGUGAUGAUCUCAGUAGCGAUGAGAGAUGUGAAAAGUAAAUUUCUUUGUAUAUGUUUGAUUUUUCUUUAAUUUUUUACCUUGAUCCUGACAUGACAUGCAGGAGGCAUUUUUGCCCUUUUUUUUAUAGUCUAAUUUGUCACUAAUGCAUAAUUUAUUUUGUACAAAAACACUUACGUAAGAAUUUAUUUUCUUUUUAAAAAA